AAAUUAUUCACUCCGAAAGAUAUUCAAAAUGGCGGCCUCCAUCAAAAUGAAAAAUUCACACAUCUUUAGAGUUUUUCAGAAAUAUCUCAACAAAAGCCGAUUAAAUGUGUGUAGAUCGAGAUCAACAUCUACGGCUUUGGCUCAGGAAAACCAGGAAGAUGUUGAAUAUCCUCCCAUAAAGCCGAGGUAUCCCCCUGGAAGCUGGGGAACUAUGGAUCCCAAGGAAUGUUGGAAAUGGCACGAGAAAAAAGAAGAACUCAUGAAAUAUAACACUAUAUGGCGAAGGUUACUAGUGCUUAGUGAUGAAUUGAAGUACCAUUGUAAAAUUAACAUACCUGAUCACACUCCUAGGACAUUGCCAUUUUUCCAAGAUGUUACAAAGACUGUUGUAGUUGAUGGGCUGCCUGAGGUUUAUCAAGAAAUUCAGUUUGAUGAGCAGUGUGAAAAACUAGCACCCUUAGUUAUCGAUGCUAUCCUCACUUCACAUGAAAAUGAGUCUCGGGAUUUAGCAAGAAGUCAGAAUUUUCCGAAAAACUCAGAUUUCCAAAACACCUAUCAACAACAAAGGCUAAUAAAUAUUCUGAAUCGCAUAUUACCCGUGCUAUCGCUAAGUGCAGAACAUCUCCUCAAGAGCCAAAUUAGUGAGGGUGCGAAAGUUCAGUCCUACUGGGAACGUGGGGGGUUUCCACCAUCAAGGGCAGAUCACUCAAUGGGCCAGACUGGAUAUAAAAAAGAUGUUCUACGCUGCUAUUCAAAAUCUGUCUUAAAUGUGUUGUUGAGAACAGAAAAUCCAUUGCCCCUGUUUGUAAAUAAAGAUGACCCGCUUUGUGAAGCAGAAUUACCUGAAUGGCCAUGUGGCCCAAGACCAGCUGGGAUUCAAGUCAAGAAGAACAGGAUCAGAUAUCUAGCAGGAUAUAAGACCAUAGAUCCUUAUUACACUGGAGCACCAUGUGAGUUUGGUCAUACUGGAUUCCUCACGACCACAAAGCUGGACAAAAUGGCUGUUGCUUUUCCUGGAUUUGAGACUGAAUUUCUGAAGAAGAUGAUGGUCACUGGCUUGUUUAACUGGUGCCUGGCACAAUCCUUUAACCAAGGUUUUACGCACCUAUCAGAUGUCACGUAUCCAUUCACCUCCCAAAUGGUAGCAGCAGACGGACAAAAAUUUGCAUUUGGAUCAUACCAGCUCAAUACAAUUCAACUGUUUAAAGGACCCGGGGAAGGAAAUGAUGUAACAAAUAUCUGCUGGGUGAAAAAUUUUGAGAAUUUGUAUGAGACUGUCGAAAAUGAUGAAGUGAGAGGAUUCAAUAUGGAUACUUUACGUCAAUUGGUGAAAUUUUUAUCGCUAAAGACUGUUGAUAGGGGCGUUGAGAUGCGGCCAUAUCUGCCAAAGAUUCAACCUAAGCUCGGAGACUUCCCAUUGUAUCAUCCUUUAGAUGGACCAGAGGGCCCCCUACCAGUAGAAAAUAAAACAUUCAUAAAUGAUAAGGUCCACAAAGAAGAAAUAAUCAUAGAGGAGAAAUUUGUGGAUGAAAGAUAAGCAAUGUGUCAGUAUCAUGUAUAACAUUGUUCAUAAUCAUAGAGAAAACUGCAAUAAUUGCAAUUUUAUGGAGAAUAAAAUACAAGAGAAAAAAAGAAAAAGAGUGGAAUUUGCAUGGAAUAAAGUUCUAAAAAUAUCAUGGCAAUGAAUUCAGUCCAAUUUAUAAAAGGAAAUUAUGUAAUGAGCAUGUUUUUCAUUCCCAAGUUUUCUGCUAGUUCAAAUGAUAUUUGCAAAUGAAAUGAUAGAAUUCUAUUAAAGAAAAGGCCAAAUCUGCAUGAAAUCUGCCUGGUUUCCUAACAAUUGAUGAAUUAAUUAAUUUAAAAAGUUGUGAUAUUUCUUCAUGCUGUUAUAGAAAAACUUCUUCAUAAAGAUUCUGUAAUUUCAUGUAGAGAAAACAAGAUCACUUUUUUAUCAGUUUUGAAAAGUUGUAAUUUCUGCUGGACAUGUUAUGGAAAAAUCAAAAUUUAAUACCAAUAAGGUAGCAUUCCCGAAUUCAACUUUGGGCUGACGGAUUAACCUAUUUUUUAUGGCAAACUCAUUU